UAUUUCUUUAUAUGUCUUUGUAACAUCAGGUAGACUAUGCAUGUACACCUGAGGAAGGUCACCAGCAAUUCCAAUCUUGUGAUCAGAGUAACAAUUUUGACAGACAAGUUUGGUCAACCUAAAGGAUUCGCCUAUGUUGAAUUUGUUGAAGUUGAUGCUGUUCAAAGUGCUCUACUGUUAAAUGAAUCAGAAUUGCAUGGUCAUCAGUUGAAGGUGUUCCGCAUGAUUAAUAAAAAGAUCAACUGCUGCUGCCACUACAUUGGAGCAAGCCGGUUGCUGUAUAACUUGUAUAACAUCAGGGCUUCAAAGUGUAAAACCAGGUUAAACAUCAACUGCUUGGUGUUGUAAUGACCAUGCUUGUGAUGCUUGCAAGGACCAAAGCAUGAAAUAGUUCUUGUUUUUGCAGGUACAUUUGAUUCCGUAGGUACAACUAAGUUGCAAGAUGCUGGCAAAGCUGGUUUGGUGAUGACAAUUCAAGGCAAGAAUUCAGCGGUGCUCGGAUCUGCACUCAUCUGUAGGUGAUUCACUAGCCAUCAAAAACUUUCGUUGAAGUCCUUUUUCUCUUUUAAUCAAACCUCAUGAAGUGGAGCAGGCUCAUAUCUGUUUAUAACUUUGUUCCAGAUCAAGCGGAGAAGCUGCUUCAGAUGAGUCUUGCAAGGUCGCCAUUGCAAAACAAGCCCGUGUUAAAUUUUACCCAACUAACAUCCGAGUCAGUCCAAAAUGAGUCCUUAUCCCUGCCGCAAUAGUAAGAUGUUGAGAUUUUUGAUAGCAACAAAGAAAGAAAACAGAGCAGAGGAAGAAAUAUACGACACAGAACAAGGAAGCAAGAAAAAAUUUACUUGCUCACAAACAUGCAGCAAGGAAGCAAUAUGAUAUGCUUAAUUUUUCAAUAAGAAAAAUAAUAUAUUUAUAGUCAA